AUGACAAGGAGACGGUUGUUUGAGGCCACAGAACAUCAACAUGGUGCCAUUAACACCAUGUUUUUCAGCAGCAGAAUGCUGAAGUUGGCAAAGCUUCUGAGGAGAGGAAGACAGGUUUUCUUCGUUUUGUUGCUGCUAGGUUUCUUGUCAGUGAUGGCAAAGUUUGCUUUGCAGCUGAAUGCAUUUCAGGAAAUAAGGAUGAGGGAACGGAUAGGUUACAUUCGACGACCUUCGACAACUUUGCAACAUAACAUGGUUAGUAGUGAAGGUGACAAGGGUUAUAAUGUGCCUCUGAAACAACGAAUAAGUUCCCGUCAGACUGCUGAUAUCUGGACACAACCAAACAGUGAAAACUACUACAAAUGCAUUAAUCGAGAAAAGAAGGAAAUAUUGCAAGAAAAUGCAACAAAUGGCUAUAUUAUGAUCAAGGCCAAUGGUGGGUUGAAUCAAAUGAGGCUUGGGAUAAGUGAUAUGGUUGCCGUAGCAAAACUUAUGAAUGCCACUCUUGUUCUCCCUUCUUUAGAUCAUAAAUCCUUUUGGACUGAUCCAAGUGAUUUUAAGGACAUUUUCAACUGGAAGAAUUUCAUGGAAGUCUUAAAAGACGAUAUCAUGAUUGUAGAGUCACUUCCGGCGGAGCUUGCAGACGUGAAGCCUCUCCUCAGGGCUCCGGUUUCCUGGUCCAAGACUAGUUACUACAGAGGAUAUAUCUCUACGUUAUUGAAGCAGCACAAAGUGCUCAAAUUCACUCAUACAGAUUCCAGACUAGCUAAUAAUCUCGGUGGUUCAACCCAAAGACUACGCUGCCGAGCAAUGUUUGAGGCACUCAGAUUCUCACCUGCAAUAGAACAGCUUGCAACGAAGUUGGUUAGCAGAUUAAAGAACAACAGUAGAUACAUUGCUCUCCACUUAAGAUAUGAAAAGGACAUGCUUUCUUUCACAGGCUGCAGUCACAAUCUGACCAAAGAGGAAGAUAGAGAACUUACAAAGCAAAGGAAAGAAACAUCUCACUGGAAGCGUAAGAAGAUCAAUGGCACCCAUCAUAGACUCCAAGGGGUAUGCCCCAUGACCCCAAGAGAGGUUGCUGUGUUUCUAGAGGCAAUUGGGUUUCCUUUGGAUACACAGGUUUAUGUAGUAUCUGGGAAGAUCUACGGGAGAGAUGGGAUUACACCUCUGAAAAAUAAGUACCCCAAUUUAUUCUUCCACUCAAAUUUAGCCACAGAAGAAGAGCUGCAACCUUUCAAGAACUUGCACAACCAGCUUGCUGCAUUGGACUACAUUGUGGCUUUGGAGAGUGAUGUGUUCAUUUAUUCUUUUGAAGGAAAUAUGGCUAAAGCAGUCAAAGGACAUCGACGAUUUGAAAGGUUUCGGAAGACGAUCAACCCCAACAAGCAACAAUUUGUGGCAUUGAUUGAUAGGUUGGACAAGGGACUGAUAUCUUGGGAUAAAUUCUCAUCCAAGGUGAAGAAGUUGCAUGAAAAUAGGAUCGGAGCACCAUACUUGAGAAUAGCCACAGGUAGCUAUAAAAAUGAGGAAAACUUUUACUCAAACCCUUUCCCGGGUUGCAUCUGUGAAAAGUCCGGAGGCUCAUCAAUAGUAGCCAAUCAAUAA